CACAAUUACUGAGGUAAUGUAGCAAUGUAAUGUUCUCAGAAUGUCGCAAUUACACGUGAAGUUAUCAAAUGUCAGAAAAUUAUCAUGAUUUCUCUUGUUGCCAUAGUAAACAUAAGAUUAUAUCACGAACGUGGCGUGUUUCAUGCCUAUUGUCAAAUCAAAAUACAUAAUAAAUGAAGUUUUUUGUGCGGUGUUGUUAAAUCAUACGUGUCGCUGAAGAGGAUAUAAAUAUAUAAAAUACAAACAGCUUACCAAACAAUAAUUAUUAGAGCAAUUUUGGCUGAUACAGGUGCUUGCAUACAUUUACAAGGAUUCGAUCUUGCUGAAUUCAGAGUUCAUUUCGUGAGAAAAUGGCUUUUAAAUAUAUUUGGUGUUGUUGUAUGUUUCUCUGUUACUUUGUGUACGGAAAUUCAGAAGAUUUGACAACACACCCGGGGCAUCUAAAACCCAUUGGCUCCCAUGGGGAAAUAUUGAAUGUUGAAUCAAUGGAUUAUUUCCCAGAUCCUGGCGUAUUCUUUACAAAUUUUGUACACGGUAGUAAGCCGUUAGUUGUACGCGGAGGUGCCAAGAUUUCUCCUGCUUAUUCGUUGUGGACAGAUGAGUACUUAGGCAAUUUUGAGGAAGGCAAGAAAGAGAUUGUCGUUGUGGAACAGGCUAAGAAAGAAAACAGGACAUUGUCUCCUGAGGAGGUUCCAUUCACAGAAUUUGUACAAAGAUACAGAAACGAAGAUAUAUAUUUAGUCAAUGAUCUGCCAGAAUUUCUCAGGUAUGGGAAAAGUAUUGCAAGUGUGUAUAACUCCCCUCCACCAUAACCAGUAUCACCUAUGGGCUAAUUAAUAAUAUGCCCCUGGUUUUGUACAGAGGCGAGUCUGUAUGUAUGUAUGCAUGUAGCCUAUGUAUGUAUGGAGGGGAGUCUGUAUCUGAGGGGAGUCAGUAUGCUGGGGCCACAUGCAUUUACAAUGCCUGAGGGAGGGGAAGCUACAUCCAAUACUAUUCUUAACACUCAUAAUGAUAUGCAAAGAUAAAAUAAGACAUAAUGCAAAUUAUGAAACAUUUGCAUAUAUUAUGUGCAUGGGUGGUUACCAGACUAUAAUUAACAAAGACAGCAAGCUGGCACUUGAUUCUUGUUCAGUUUCAAUUGAGAAGCAGACAGAAAUGACCUGCCCAACCCCAAAUUUGAGGUGAGUCCUGCACUGUAACCCCAAGAGCUUUGCUUGGGAUGCUGAUCAAUAUUUAUUUCCCAAACCUUAAUUCAACUGAGCAUGAAUGCAACUGUUAAGAAUUAGUAUACUAUUGACCUUAAUUUACGUGGUGUUUCCACAAACAAAAACAAUUAUAUUUUAUCGCCAUGCAAACAUUCAAAGAACUAUUGACCUUGUUUUCCAAAAGUGGCAGAAGUCUCAGUUGUUCCUUAUCAGACCACCUGAUUAGUACCACCCAGAAGGGAAUUCCCCCAGCAGUCACAUUAGAAAUCAUCAUAUCUGAACAUAUUGUCCUGCACUCAAUUUAUGAGACAUCACUCACUGAACAUUUAUUUUUAUAAUUAAAGUAAGGAUGUAUUUCUGCCACCAUCAUUGCUUUGUCAAGAUGUUGUCGACUAUCUUUUGGCCAAGGUUAGUUUGAUCCUUUUAAUUUUUUUAAUUUUUUUUUUAUUUUGCACAAGGCCCAAUGCAUGAACUAGAGCCAGUCAUAGUCAAUAGCGUAGCCAGCCCGACAAUUUAGUCUCGCUAUGCAAAUAUUUUCGUGUUCAUUGACUGUGAAUACAAUCAAUUCCUAAAGAAAUGUAAUAAUUUUGAAUUUGCAUAGCGGGACUAAAUUGUCGGGCUGGCUAUACACCACUGGUCAUAGUUGCCGAGGUAGCAUGUAGUGAUGCCUACUGCAAAGCAGUGAAGAGAUUUCAGCAUAGCCAUACAGAGAAAAAAACUAGGGGAAUGAGCCCCAGCCCCCCCUCCCCCCCCCUCCCACUGCCUAUGUGUAUGGAUAUAAGGAUGUAUAUAUAUAUAUAUUGACGUAUAUGAUCAAACUGUAUUAUGUUCUUGGCAUUUUAGUUGAUGUGGUUUAGCAAUGGUGGGACAAAAUCAGUGUUACAUUAUGACUCAGCAGAAAACAUAAACUGUUUAUUUGCUGGGGCAAAGAAAUUGUAUCUUAUUGAUCCAAAUAAAUAUUCUGACAAGGUGAGAGUCUUGGCUGACCAACCAAAUGACUACCAGAUUGGCUGUGUGACUGACUGCAUUAUCAACUGAUCCCAGACCAUUUGUUCCCAGAAAAUUUAAUUUUAAUCCACAGCCAGUUUUUGGAUGGAGAGAGAAAGAAUAGGAACAGAAAGAAAGAAUAAAUGAAUGAAAAAGAAAGAAAGAAAGAAGAGAAAGAAUCAAAUCAAAGGAGUGAGAAAUGAAUGAACUAAAUUGCAGUGCAGGAUCAGAAAAUAAGGAUUAGGAGGGCGAAAAAGGACAAAUUUAUUUUUUUAUUUUUUAUUAAUUAUUGUGCUGAGUGGUUAUAUUACUAGUUACCUGAAAUAAACAAGCAGAAACUUGACAUUUUGAGCGAAGGCCCUUUGUCAAGAGUUAGUAGUUUGGCUACUAACCCUUGACGGUUUAUUUCAGGUAGUAAUAUAACCACUCAGCACAACAAUUUCACAUUCAUUUGGUACUAUACCCACACUGGUACAGACAGUUUUAGCACAAAUUUAAUUAUACAACUUAAACCAUGUAUAGUAUAUGUAUAAAUAAGCACAUUUAGACUGACUCAAUACUAGAUCAUGCAACUCUCAUUUUUUUUCUGUUCUUGUCUAGCUAGUUAGCCAUGUGCCAGAAUUUGACAGAAAUUUUUCAACCAACUGACUGAGCAACUGAUAAGCCCCAUUGCCUAAUGAUUGCUUUGCCCUGUUUAUUUCAGGUUACAAUAGAAAAUGUAAAAUCAGCUUAUUCCGAUGUAGAUGUGGAAAGGUAGAUAUUGUAUUCAAUAUUAUAAUUAUUUAUAUUAUAUGACCAUUCAUCUUGAAAUUCUACAGUUGACAAUUUAUGAAUACUUUGUAUUUUAUAGGGUAGAUUUUGUCAAGUAUCCAGGUCUAGCGAAAGUUGAAUAUCAUUACGUUGAAAUGCAGCCCGGAGAUUGCCUAUACAUCCCAUAUGGCUGGUACGGAGAUGAUAUUGCAAUUAGUUGCAGUUACACUUGCGGUUUGAGAUGUGGUUUGGCUGAGGUUUACUGGCGUUCACUCUGUGGUUUAAGUGUGGUUUGAUUUUAGAUUUAGUACCGUUUUUAAAAGUAUUCGGUUUAAUAACGGUUCGGUUCCGACGUAGUAACGGUAAAGUGGUGCGGCUGAGUUUUGAUAGUUAAGCUGAGCUUUGGAAG